AUGCCUGCUCACAAAGUGCGAGCCGGCAUCAACUUGGACACGAUAUUCGGAAAUCCGCUGUCACAUUUUGGAAUCGGAGCUGUACCAAGCUUGAAACCAUUCGACAAAUAUGAGAAGACAAAAGCGUUUUCAGUACUGUACUCUCUCAUUCUCCGAGAUGCCGAAGUUUCAUACGAAGAUUUUAGAAUAAUCGCCCGAAUGCUGAAUGAUGAACUGGAUCGUUCUGUCUAUUAUCAUUUCACUUGCAGUGUCGAGAAACUGGCAAACGGAGAAGAACAGCUAGAAAUGCUUUUCGAAGACUCAUUCUAUACCGCGAAACGACCAACACACGAAAAUGUUCUGAAAAGAGAAACGAAAGAAAUGGAUAUGUUAACAUUCAUGAGCAGUACCUCGUUUAUGUAUGUUUGGAUAAAACGAGUGAUGAUUCAGUACACUAGAACUUCACAAGAAGGAAUAUUCACUCUCACUAGGAACUUCCAUGAAUGGAUUAAUAAGAAAAAAAUUUCUUCUAUCCAACAUGGAAUCAAUGUUACACUACCAUUUGACAUCGACUGCUCCGUUCGAGCCCGACAGUGGAUUGGUGAACAGCUCCGACUCAUUCAGUUCUGUCCAUCAAAAGCAAUGCCGUGUUCUGAAAUUACGAAUUGGUGCCAUAUUAUUCGUCGACGUCAUCGGGAUGUAUCCGAAGUGAAUUUAAUGGAAGCAAUCGUCCAAAUCCAGCUUCAAGACCCACCAAGUGCUGUGGAUUCUUUGAAAGAGUUCUUCGACCUCAGCAUGCUGCAUUUGACGGAAUCAGCAAAUGCAGCGUUGAAUACCUUGAAACUUAUCGCCUCGAAUCCAGGAGCGAUGAGAUACGGACCAAUUUUGCAAGGAAGAAUAUGCAGGAUUUUUGGAGACAGAAUUUCCGCGCAUACCCUGUUCACCGAAAGCAUUCAACAAUCACAAGUGAAUGUUGAUGAUAUGUGCAAUCGAAUAGCAAACAUCGAGCUGACAAUUAACGAAGUUUUCAUGGCAGGACCGAUUCUGAUGAGAGCUGUAUGUGAUCCUUCCAAAAAAGAUGAUAACGAGAACAAUGACAAUAGCAAAAAUGAAGUUCGAACUCUGCAAGAUACAAUUCAUGCAGCUGCCGAUAUUAACAUGCCAACGUGCCGAACACUACAAAAAAGUGUGAAGGAAGACUAUGAAUUGCACGCAUAUCUGGUGUCCCUAUCAAAGUUUAUGCUCUGUAUUGAGGAUCUGAUGGAUGGAAAAUAUUUUAGAUUCAACAGCACUGCCGAUUACGUGGCUGUGGGUCUUCACCGCCUUCGUCUGAUGUCUGAUGCACAAAGCAAGGGAAGAGUAGUGGAGGACUUUGCCGGUGCAAUUAUGACAAGUGCAUUAAUUCAAAGUGGAAUGUACAACCAGGCGAGACGUGCUUCGGAGGAGCUAUUAGUGAACAACAAUGAGACAAAAGACUGUCCGAAAUUUGAAACUGAAAAUCAGGUUGUCGCUGGGGUGAACCUUGUUUAUUCAUUGGCUUCAAUCGGUGACUAUGAAACUGCAUUUGAUACUAUAUCAUCUUUGAAGCUUGUAUUCCCAGAACACCUCAACUGGUUAUGCUCCCGUCACAUUACAAUCUGCUCCAGCAUUAUUAAUUUUGAAAAGGACUUUCUUCUAAACCAAUAUUCUGCAUGUUUCGAACAUGUUCAAGUCCUUUCUUCACUUGCUCCUCUUGAAUUCGUAUUACGGAAAUCUAUUCUCCUUGCUGUCACUGGAAAACUGUCAGAAGCAGUUUUACUGCUCAAGGAAUACAAGUGUGAAGAUGUUCGUGGAAUGAUGAGAGUUCAAAUGCAGCUUGCGACGAUCGGAACCGCAUACGGGCGGUACGAAGCAUCCGAAUAUCACUUGGAAGAGGCAGGAAAAAUCGCUAUCAACGCACACUUUCAAGAUGCGAAUUUCCUGGUGACGAGACGAAUCGGAAGCAUGUUGCUAACAAGAUGCAUGCCUGAAGAAGCUUAUCAGAUUCUGGCUUCUCUUAUUGAUCGAGUGGAGAGUUUUGGAACCUACAUCGAGAAGGCCAUUUAUUACGUAUCAAUGGCCCGGUGUCUCCGAAUGCAAGGAGAAGAUCCUCGCGAUUUUUUGAGAAAAUGCAAAUUACAAAUUGUGAACAACAGGUGGCCAGCCAUGGAGAAACUGAUUCUCACCGAGCUCACAAUUCUGCACCAUAGCCUUGGAAUGUUCCCGGAUGAGAACCGAAUGACAUGGGCCACAGAACAAUUCAGCAAACUGGAAGCUGAUUUCCCUGGCACCUGUACAUGGCUGUUUAUUUGA